CAACCACCUCCACCUCAUCCAUCUCUUUGAUCACCUUUAUUUUCUUUCGCAAAGUGUAUAAUACUUUCUUCUGUUCUUGGGAGUCGAGCAGCUGCAUGUGCCAUAAUAGCCCACGCGAUUUCCUCCUCUCAUCCAAUGCCGGCAAUCUCAUCAUCUCGGAACCUCGUCAAGCCAUCGUCGAUACCUUGUCUGUAGACUCGUGAUCUUGCUCCCAUCCGUGUGUCUCGACAAUGGCUGCGGCUGCUACUCCAGCUGAGAUGAUCCCUCAGCUUGAAGCUGCGCGUAAACUCGCUCUCGCAGACCCUCAAGUGUACAACCAAGUCCUUCCCGGUAUCCUGCCUAUCAUCGGUUCAACUGCGCAUCUCGACGUUCGAAGAUGGGGCGCCGAAUUUCUCGCCGAAGCAUUCUCAAGCCCUUCUUUAUCGAAUUCGCAAAAGGAACAGCUCUCGUCGGAGGUGAUACCGCCACUGAGAGCCAUGCUGGAUGCGCCAGCACAGGACAUGGAAGUGGUCAAGAGCGUGGUACAGGCAGCUGCUAGUUUAUACCCUUUGGUGUUCAGACGAGUUAUUUCGCGUCAAAAUGAGGCUGCGUUGUGGCAGGACAUGAGCGCCAUGAAGUUGAACAUCCUCCAACGGAUGGAUUCUGCUCCAGUUGCCGUCAGAAUAUGCUGCAUCAAGUUCGUGCAGAAGGUGGUGCAGGUCGAGACACCAGGAGUCAUUUCAGAUCCCCGACGUCCGGACCAGAACGAAAUAUCUUUAGCCCUUGUGCCCAGAACGCAUCCCUUUUUGCAACUACCUAAUCUCGAGGCCGAAGCAUCGGGCUUGCUGGACAGAUUAUUGGGGGUCUUCCAGGAGAACUCGAUGGAUCCAAUCCUCGUUGAUGCGACGCUCAACUGUCUAGCCAUCCUCAUCCGAAGCAGGCCUCCCAUCUCUACCAAAAUCGUGUCCUCCAUUCUGAAUUUCAACCCGAUGAAGCAAGUCAAUUCUCCAAUGACUCCUCGCAUCCUGGUCAUAGUUCGAUCAAUGGAAAGAACAACACGAGCUCUGCUAAGAUGGGUCCUGAGAACAUGCCCUAAUCACCCGUUGGAACAAAAGAUUCACGUAUACUUGAUGCGUCUGCAGCAGUCGAGAUCGGCCUUGUUCUCAGACACCACAGCGCAGAAGCGGCCGGCAGAACCUACCGACGGCCUCGAUGAUGCGAAAAGGCAGAAGCUCACAGGAGGCCCACGCAAAUUUCCCCCAAUGUCACCACCACCGAAUACCUUCGCCCACCUGUACACCCUCACCGAGGAUCCCAGCCUUCAGCAAUUCGAUGUCACUCUUCUCCCCCCAGAUAUUGUCAGUACAGUCACAGCCGUCUUCUUGCAGCAUGUGGACUCAAACACGCUGGAUGAAGCAAUUGGGUGGGUAAGAGCGAGAUACACCCAUCUGCAAAAGGUCAACUUACGUACUCCAAUUCCCGACAUACCCAUGGCAGGUCCGACGGGUAUUGAUGACGAGGACGAUUAUGAUCCGGAAUUCGUCUCUGGCCCUGAGCAUGUGGUGGAGCGUACUACAGAAAAAGCCCUGGAGGAGUUGGCCCAACCAGCAAUUGAAUUGGGACCUUUCGAAUUACCCAAGCCUCCCCCUUUGACAGGUGCUGAGGUAGCCACGUUAUCUGAUCAAACUGUCGGGCAUGUUUUCCAGUUAGUGACCUCUCUUGAUGCUGCCGGCCAGUCACACGCAAAGACCAAACUUGGCCUCAACCGCCUCGCCGCAACUUCGAAUGAUCGCGAUUCCUGGAUCACUAUCCUCAUGCGUCUCGCGACCAGGGCACCAUCCGGCUUAGAUGAUCUUGUGCAGUCGUUGACUGAAGGUGACGAAUCCAACACAUUGAUCAAAUCGGAAGACAUCGAAGCCCCCGACGUCGCCAAUCGCAUUCGGCAAACACUAUUCAUGUACAUCUUGGAUGAUUUCCGACCUCGAUUGAAUAUUGCCAUUUCAUGGUUAACGGAAGAGUGGUAUGCGGACAAGAUGACAGCCAAAACACACCCCGAGUUCAAACAUUUGCCAAACUACAGCCGAUGGGUCAUCCGGCUCCUCGACCGGCUACUGCCUUAUCUCGACGCCAGGGAUAAGAACCUUUUGAUUAGAUUUCUGUCAGAGAUUCCUGCCGUUGACCGCGAUGUUUUGGACAGAGUCAAAACCCUAGCAAGGGAUCCCGAGCGUCUGAGUAUGUGCAUUCUUUCCAUGCAGUAUCUGUUGAUGCUGCGCCCGCCUGUCCGGGAGCUCGUUCUCGACUCACUCGAGACUAUCUGGCAUGAGGGAGACGCACAGGCCAAAUCGGCGGCUGCCAAAGUCAUAUUGCGAUGGAGGCCUGCAUUUUUGGAGCAGAAUGCGCAAAGCAAGAAGGAGGAGAUGGCAGUGAAGGAAGAGGUCAAGGUCAAUGGACUGACAAGCCCGCCGACUGCCCAGUCAGAACGCAUUGAUCCAAGGAGAAAGAGUACAAGACCAGCAGUCGUCGCAGGAGAAGGCUAGGUAUAUUCGAGAGUGCAAUACACACAAUGAUUGAGCCGAGUCGC